GAUUUAGUUCACUCAAAAAAAUUCCAUUUGCCAAAAAGGCACUACAGCAAAACUGAAGAGCGACCACCACCACCGGCGGUCAACACUCGCACACCUCCGCCGCCGCCAUGGAUGAGGAACUGCUGGAACUGCAGAGGCAAUUCGAGUUUGCACAGCAGGCGAAAUCCAGCAUCCGUUUAUCCGAACGAAACGUCGUCGAAUUGGUCCAGAAACUCCAGCAACUUGAAAUCAUCGACUUCGAACUUCUCCACACCUCCUCCGGCAAAGAAUACAUCACUCAGGAGCAAUUGAGGAGUGAAAUCGUUUCUGAAAUAAAUAAGAGAGGUCGAGUAUCCUUGAUUGAUUUAGCGGAUACAAUUGGGGUAGAUUUGUACCAUGUCGAAAAGCAAUCGCAGCACGUUGUGUCCAAUGACUCUUCGCUUGUGUUGAUUAAUGGAGAGAUAGUUUCGAGUUCUUAUUGGGACACAGUUUCCGAGGAAAUCAAUGAAAGACUCCAGGAGUGCAGCCAAAUUUCAUUGGCCGAGAUUGCGGCACAGCUGCAAGUCGGCUCUGAAUUGAUCGUCUCUGUUCUAGAACCUCGUAUUGGAACAUUGAUCAAGGGUCGGCUUGAGGGUGGACAACUGUAUACACCAGCAUAUGUUGCGCGUGUGAAUGCAAUGGUGUGUGGAGCAGCAAGAGGGAUUGCUGUUCCUAUGAAUAUGUCGGCAUGGUGGAGCUCAUUGCAGGUUCUGUUGCAAGAUAUGGAUGGGUUUAGUGGAGUGGCAGUUGAGAGUAGUUUUUUCCAGUCAUUAUUUAAUAAUUUGGUUAAAGGAGGAGAGAUUCUUGGCUCACUACGCGCUGGAGUACACUGGACACCUUCUGUAUUUGCGAUGGCUCAAAAAAAAUGCGUGGAAUCUUUCUUUUCACAGAACUCUUUUAUAAGUUAUGAAACUCUUCAUAAACUUGGAAUACCACAGCCUAUUCAGUAUUUGCAGUCCAGAUAUCCUGAAGGCAAGGCCCUUGAUACUGUCUUUGUUCAUGGUUCACUGAUUGAAAUGUUGGACAAUUCUGUGGAUGAUGCUGUUGAAUGUGGCAGCUGGAUAGUUUCACUCACAAUUUUACCCACAUCCUUUACACCUCAAGAUGCAUCUAAGGUUCUUUCAUUUUGUCCAACUGUUCAAAGAGCUCUGAAGUCUGGCAAAGCACAUGUUCUGGGGGAAUCAUAUAUAUUGAGUGAUACUUUUGUGAAGCAUCUCUUUGAUAGUAUUCAGAAGGAGAUGGAGAACAUUAGUCUUUCUGGACAUAGUGCUGUUGUGUCAUCUGACACUUCACAUGACAACAGCAGCAACCUGGCUGACCAAGAUGAAUAUGGUAAUCAAAGUGGCAUAGGUAAAUCAGCUCCAGAAAAAGGAUCAAAGAAGAAAAAAGGAAAAUCAGCUGUGAAUGUGAAAGGCGGGAGUGCUGAAAGUGGUAUGGAGCUACAAGAAUCAACUAAGAAAAAGCAGAAAAAGGGAAAGGUUAACCCAGGAGCACAGGUUUCAGAUCCAAAGUCAGGUGCCAAAAAAGAUACUGAGAGGUUGGACCAACCUAGCUUUCUGUCAGAAAAAUCAUUAAUUCAAAAGAUAAUGUCAAUGAUCCCAGAUUUGGAGGAGCAAGGUUUGGAUGAUCCUGAAACCGUUCUUGCACCUCUGGCCCAACAUUUGAGACCUAUGCUCCUAAAUUCAUGGAUGGAAAGAAGAAAGGCUGCUUUUACAGAGAAUGCUCAGCAAAUGAAACAAUUGCUUGAUGAUUUACAGCGUAAGCUUGAUGAGGCAUUCUUAAAUAUUCAAUUAUAUGAAAAAGCGCUAGAUUUGUUCGAAGAUGACCCACAAAAUGCUGUUCUCUUACAUAAGCACUUGUUACGGACUGCAGCAACCCCAAUUGUGGACACUCUCUUAGUUCAUUUGGACAAGCAUUGCAAAUUGAAGAACGGAUUUCAACUUGAGGGAUCUCAAAUUUCUGAACCUGUAGCAAUGAGUUCUGCAGAUAGAAUUUCCCUGGCAAAGGGUUUGCCCGGGUCUUUAUCAGUAAAAGCCAUUGAGCUGGUUGAAACUUUAGAGGGAAAGCUGGUGGAGGCAUUCAUAAGUACAGCAAGAGAAUUAAUAGAGGAAAGUGGUUUAAUAUCCAAGAAACUUGAUAAGAAGUUGGAGAGGACUCUUCUGCAUUCCUAUAGAAAGGAUUUAUCGUCUCAAGUUGCUGCCGAAUCCGAUCCUGUCUCCCUUCUGGCAAAAGUUGUUUCGUUACUCUAUGUUCAGAUACAUGGAAAAGCUCUUCAAGCUCCUGGCAGGGCAAUUUCAGUCGCUGUGGCUCGAUUAAAGGAUAAACUGGAUGAUUCAGCUUUCAAGACCUUACAAGAUUAUCAGAGAGCAGCUGUCACCCUUCUAUCUCUAAUGUCCUCGGCAACUGGAAACGAAGAAGACUGUACGUCGGACAGAAUAUUGAGCCAGAGGGAGCUCCUCGAGGGUUUGAUGCCGGCGUUGAAGAAUAUAGUUACAAAAUCCUGACUGGCGUAGGUUCAGUUUCCUUGCAUACUCUUACAGGCAAAAUGCUGGUUUCCCUUUUUUGUUUCUUUGUAGUAUUUGAAACUUAAUAGUGUUAGUUUUUCACUGAAGGGCAUUUUAGCUUUUAUACAAUAAAGUAUGAUUAUUAGCACAGAAUCUCGACUCAAAUUUAAUUUGAGUAAAUCGCAUACUUGCUCGGUAA